AUGACUCAAGAACAGUUGCAAGAAGAACUGAGUCAAGCUAAGGAACAACUAGAGAAAGCUCUAGCAGAAAUUGGUACAUUAAAAGCUGAUAUAAACAACCUCGAGCAAAAAAUUGAUGAAUAUAAUGAAAAAAGAAAGGAAUAUGAAACAAAAAUAGAGGAACAUGCUUUGCAACGAGAAAGUCGAACCUCAACGCAAUUUGGUUGGAGCCAGGCAGUGAAUUUUGUACCUGUCUUCUCACAUGCUUACAGUUAUGGCACGAGUAAAAUGAAUGAAACAGCAGAGAAGGAACAGAAAGAAUUGCGCGAGGUUCUAAGUAAUUCAAUUAAUGAUAAAUAUAAAGAAGUUAAGAAAUUAUUGGAAAAAAUUAAAGAUAAGGAAUGUUUAAAGAAUAAUUAG